AUGCCACCUAAGCCGAAGCGCUCGAAAUCGCCAGAUUCUCGUUUUAUGUUCGUCAACGAAGACGCCUCCACUGUCAGCCAGAAAACAAAGGACGUUGCAUUAGACAGGACCAAGCAGAGCCACGUUCAACGACAGAAUUUUGCUCGGAAACGGCGAAUGCAGGGAGGGUCAAGCGUUGACACACUGCAAAACAGGAGCCAGAUUUCAGCCUCGCCCGCUCCGGCUUUGACAGGCCCACCCGCUGGAGUGUCCUCUUCGUCUGAGAGAAUCACCUCUUAUGAGCCUGAGUAUUUUGAUGUGUUGCACAAUCUCGAUCUUGGUGGAGCGCCUUCAAUAUCACCUAGUCCUCCUCAAAUAGGUCUGCUAGAUCCGCGGCUCUUUGUAGAUCCUUUCAACCCGUCGCAAUCACCAUCCAGAGUUUCGUUAUCGAAAGAAGAUGUGCAAGGGUCUCCUCGAGUUUAUCGACCCGGUCACUUCUUCGAGGCACCGGCACAAAGCCAAAAGGUGACUUCUUCGCCACGAAACGCUACCAUUCCUGUAAUAGAAUCUGCAAUGUUUGCGACUGGGUCACCUACUCCAACAAUAAGGAAUACCCGGCAGCCCUUAGACGAAUGGGCCCCUGCGCUGAUUCGGUAUUACAACACUGUGAUUCUUCCCGAGCAAUUCUGGAUGGAGCUCCGCAAGGUACCCUUGAGUCAUAUCAGACACGCGCCGUCGAUCCAUACAGAUAUGCAAUCAUGUAUGUCGGAGCCAUCUCAUAUGUACGCAUUUCUGGCGUCUGCUGCCACGCAAAUGAUUGAACGAGAAGGGGAAAUUCUUGUACGAGAUGCAACUGGGGAAGAUGUUCAGCGGGUACCCUCAUACUUCAAGACCAAGGCCAUUCGGGCGCUUCGAGUGAAGCUUGGAAGCAGCAGUUUAGACCACUCUAUUGCUGUCGAUGUUCACAGGCUUUAUAUGACUACACUCUACUCCGAGGCCUAUGAGACCGCCGAGCCUCAUUUUCAGGCCUUGCUCUCAAUGGUUGAAACAUUGGGUGGCCUCGAUACCUUCAAUGACUAUCAGCUUGAAAGUAUAGCCCACACUGUGUGUUAUACCGCAUUGGAAACCCUGGAACCACCGAGACUACUAGCGACUUGGGACCCAGGACCGCUGAGCGAGGAGCAACUACUUGCCAUCGAUCAGCAUGUCCGACUCCAUGAACAUCCCGCAUCUCGCUUUCACAAAGCCUUGGCGAGUACGAACGGAAGCAGUAUCUCCAAGGCCUUGCCAGACUUAGUCGAGGUCCUCAAAAUGUCAAACCAUCUAAUCGCUCUGCCACAAUACCUUCCCGAUUACCACAAGUGGCUGACACGACGACGUUACGCCCUUCUACACCAUUUUCUUUCCAUUCGUUCCAAUCACGAAAUUGACCCUAUACAGGACAGCUUGAGAAUAGCUACCAUCUACUGGUUAGCAAUCAGCUCCUAUCCAGCAAGGGGCCGGGUAUGUGCGUCAUUGUCAACACACGUUCUCAAAGAGCGCUUGGAGGAGUCAAGUCUGCACAGUCUUUGGCAUUCUCAUCCAGAUUGCUUAUUAUGGGUUGCGGUGUUCGGCGGCAUGUGUGCUAUCCAUGACGGCGAUGAACUAGAAUUUUAUGUGGAUCUGGCCCGAAAUGCAGCUGUUGAGGCUGGAGUCACCAACUUCCACGAGCUGGAGGAUUUGCUCUCGACAUUUUUGUAUGACCCGAACUCCCAGCAAGAUAUGCUAAAGGAAUUCAGUAGGCGAAUCUGGGUGCACUGA